CAUAUUUUUACUGACGGAAGAACGGAAGCAGGAGCAACGUUUACGGGAGCGUAGACGUGAGCAGACACGAGUAUUUUUUAAAAACCAGUCAUCAAACUGAUUUCUCACGCAUCGUAGAUUAUAUCAUGUUUAUAAUAGCAUAGAUAUUUCUCCCUUGGAAUUUCUCUUCCGCGCUUCCGAACACCACACAGAACGUAAACAUGGACGUCGGAGAACUGCUAAGUUACAAACCUGCCAAAGAACCGAAACGAGGUCUUGGUGACGACGAUGAAGCAGCAGACACCCGGCCUCGCAAGCGUUUGCAGCACAAUGCGAUCACGGGAGGAACCAUGCGAAUUUCGAGAUUUGCGCCGUUACGGGAGGAACCCGAGGCUCCCGCCAAAGAAGUGGAACGUGUGGAGCCGCCCGAACCGGAGCCCGAUAUUGACAUGUUGGAUGACACCUCCCUGAAAAAGCUCAUCUUGAAUUUUGAGAAAAGAGUACUGAAGAAUCAGGAGCUAAGGAUCAAGUAUCCAGACUUGCCAGAAAAGUUCAUGGACUCUGAGGUGGAGCUCAAUGACAUCCUCCAGGAGAUGCACAUUGUGGCCACUCAGCCAGAACUCUACCCCAUUCUGGUCGAACUUAAUGCUGUCCAGAGCAUACUGGGACUUCUUUCUCACGAAAACACAGACAUUUCCAUUGCGGUUGUCGACCUUGUGCAAGAACUGACAGAUGUGGACUCUCUGCACGAAAGCCAGGAGGGAGCCGACGUGUUGAUUGACGCAUUGAUUGAUGGGCAAAUCGUAGCCCAACUUGUGCAAAACUUGGACCGCCUAGAUGAAACCAUCAAGGAGGAAUCGGAAGGAGUUCACAACACUCUGGCGAUCAUCGAGAAUCUGGCAGAGUUUCGACCAGAACUUAGUGUUCAAGCAGCUGAACAGGGACUGUUGGCCUGGAUCCUGAAGCGGCUGAAGGCCAAAAUGCCGUUUGAUGCUAAUAAGCUAUACUGCAGCGAGAUUCUCUCCAUUCUGCUACAGAAUCAUGAGGAAAACAAGAAGCUGCUUGGUGAAAUUGAUGGGAUUGACACCCUGCUGCAACAGCUCUCGUACUUCAAACGCCAUGACCCAAACAGUUCCGACGAGAUGGAAAUGAUGGAGAACCUCUUUGGGGCCCUCUGCUCAAGCCUCAUGUGUGCUCCAAACAGAGAACGUUUCCUCAAGGGGGAGGGACUCCAGCUCAUGAACCUCAUGCUCAGGGAGAAGAAAGUAUCGCGAAGUGGGGCCCUGAAAGUCCUGGACUUCGCCACAUCCAAUGUGGAAGGAGUCGACAACUGCAACAAAUUUGUGGACAUCCUCGGGCUUCGGACUGUGUUUCCUCUGUUUAUGCAAACCCCCAGAAAGUACAAGAAAAAGGGAGCUUCCCCAGAGGAACACGAGGAGCAUGUCUGUUCUGUAAUUGCAUCAAUGCUCAAGAACUGCAAGGCAACUCAGCGGCAGCGGCUGCUCAACAAGUUCACUGAAAACGAUCAUGAGAAGGUGAGCACAGAGUUUGGACAACGUGAGCACAGGGGUGUGCCAAACAAUACUGCUAAUUGGAUUACUUCUUUUCAGGUUGACAGAUUGAUGGAAUUGCACUUUAAGUACUUAGAAAAAGUACAUGCAAUUGACAACCAGAUAGAAAGAGAGAAGGAGAAUCCCACUCCUGACGAAGACGAGACUGGAGCGGACCUGGAGGAAAAAUUUUACUUGCGCAGGCUGGAUGCGGGGCUUUUUACGUUGCAACUUGUGGAUUACAUCAUGCUCGACAUCUGCAGUUCGGGACCACCAUCUAUUAAGCAGAGGGUCCAGCAAAUCCUGAAUUUACGAGGUGGAUCCAUCAAGACCAUUCGAAACAUUAUGAGGGAGUAUGCCGGAAACCUUGGGGAUGCAAAAGAUGAAACUCUGAAAGAAGCAGAGCAACAGCGGAUACUGCAACUUGUGGACCGCUUUUGAGGAGUUGUAAGGGUGGGUGUGUCCUGUAAAUAAAACAUUGACUCUUUGCACAAGCUGGUGGUUGAAAGUGAAAUAAAUCAUCUUCAUGGCAACUUGAA